AUUGGAUGUGAAGAAGAGGAGCCCUAUGGGCCCAUCCCCAACUACGCCCCCAGGACCUAGAAUAAGCCCCUUUAAUUAGGGACAUCUCUGGGAUGACCUGGUUGGUCCACAGUCCUGGAUCCGGUCCUGGAGCAGGACAAGUGCAGGGAAUAGACAGAUGCUGCACCUAUAUGUGUUCCCCACAGAGACCUGGUGGGGCCAAUUGUGGAAUAACAAGUUAUAUGAGUGAAUGGCGGAGGAAUAAGUGUAUAAAUGGUUCUAGUAUACAGCGCUGGAGAGGGCGGAGGGAAGUUUCUUCUUCUUCUCCUCCUGCCCACAGUUACUAUGGGAACUCUAGAUUCACUGAGUCACUGAGUCUGUGCAGGAGUCACAUGAUCAAACAGAGAUCAUGUGACAGGAAGUGUUCAGUAACAAUCCUAAUAGCAGAGUCCGGAAUCUUCUCUGCACACUUGUCUAUACCCCUGAUGGCUGUGGAAUAGGAGGACAUAGGAGUUUGUCGUCGGCUGACUGUUCCCGGAAGGCACCCUCUAAAAAGACUGCAUCUACAGUGCCAUGAUUGCCAGACUCUGUUAGAGGACAGUUAUCAGUUCACCUGAUGUCUGUCCUGCAGUGCCAGAAUUCAGGCCCAGCAAGAGCCGACUAUGCAAGAUAUGGUUGUCUGGGUCAAGGAUUUUGCGUCUUCCAACAUGAACUGGGAGCCUCCAUAGAAGAGCUGAAGCAGCUGGUGACCACCAAACAUGCAAGACCAUCUUCACCACCUAGUUCCAUGGAGGUAUCUGGGGAAGCAGCCCGUGAGGAUUCCCAAUCCUCAUCCUCUGAAUAGGAAGACAAAUUGCAAUAUCUAUUUUUUCCUGCUUAGGUCCAUCAGGUCGGAGACCAUGAUGUUGAUGGGGGAGAAGCCUCUAUUUCUGCUUCUAAAGGGCCUAGGGCUUUUAAAGCAGAUGAUUCCCUCUUGUCUUUGAAGACUGAGUGGAAAAAGCCGAAGAAAGGUCCUGUUCUUACCAAGUGCUUUAAGAGCAUGUUUCCCUUACAGGAAGACCAAGUAUCUUCCUGGGGACCUAUUCCUAAGGUGGAUUUGGUCAUAUCAAAACUAUCUAAACAGACCAUGGUUCCAUCUGAUGAUGGUUCUAGCCUUCAGGACCCUAUGGACCGCAAGGCCGAUUGCGCCUUUAGGCGCGCUUACUCUACUGCCUCGGCUUCCACUUCUGGGCCAAUAGCCUCUACUGAGGUAGCUAAAUUCCUGAGAACUAGAUUUUCGCAGAUUCAGUCCGACCUAGACCAAGGGGUUUCUAGGGAUGACAUUUUGGCCUCAUGCAAAAGGGCUAGUUUGGCUAUAGAUUCCCUUUGCGAUGCCACCCCAUAGCAACUGAAGCUUGCUUCUAUGUCUAUGGCCCAUUCUUCUGUGGGUUGCCUCCCCUUGUGGCUUAAACCUUGGAGGUCUGAUACCUCUUCCGCUGUGUGCAUAAUUGAGGGGCUGUUUGACAGGAAAGGAAAAUCUUUUCCUCAGCAGCCCUUUCGCGGUCAAGGCAAAAGGUAUGGAGUCAAGUUGGUAACCCAAACCAAAACCCAGAAAGAUUGGGGGUCCCAAAGACAAAGGGGCGCUAGUUGUUCCAAGGGCAGAAAGUCAUCGGCGCCCUGACUAUGGGCCUCCUCGAGGCUUAUGGACGAUUGCCAGUGCUUCCACUCUGUCCCACCUUCCUUGUCCUUCUCUUCCUGUAGGAGGUCGCCUUCAAAAUGUCCUAGAUGCCUGUAGAAUUCAUAUUCAAGACCCUUGGGUCCUCUGGGUCAUUUCAGAAAGGUACAGAGUGGAAAUGGAGAAUAUUCCUCCAGACAAGUUUGUAAGAACCAGGCUUUUACCUUCCAACAAACAGAGAAUUUUGGAAGCUUAAGUUUUGGAAUAUCUCCAGAAGGGUGCCUUGGAGGAAGUUCCCUCUCAAGAACGUGGGUCUGGCAUUUAUUCUUCAGUGUUCCUGGUUCCCAAAGUUACCGGAGAUUGGAGGAUGAUCAUAGACCCAAGGUUCUUCAAUCGAUCUAUCAGACGGAAGAGUUUCCGCAUGGAAACAAUUCAGUUGGUUAUCAAUCUUCUCAUGCCAGGGGAUUUCCUGGCAACCUUGGACCUUAAGGAUGCUUAUCUUCAUAUUCCUAUCCACCCUGGGUCCAGAAGAUUCUUAAGGAUCGCUGUUCAAGUUCAGGGAAUUCUAAGGCACUAUCAGUUUGUUGCCCUACCAUUUGGAAUUUCUUCAGCCCCACACACAUUUACCAAAGUAGUAGUUUCUGUGGUGGCUGCUCUAAGACUUCAGGGACUGUGUAUAGUCCCUUACCUAGACUAUUGGAUUCUCAAAGCCUUUUCUCAAGCGAUCCUGUCCCAGCACAUUCAGACGACUGUGUCCUUCCUCUAUCAGCUAGGCUGGAUAAUCAAUUUGAACAAGUCCAAUCUCCAACCAGCUACUUCAGUGAGAUUCCUAGGAUUUAUGAUAGAUUCUGUAGCAAUGACUAUUCAUCUAACUCCCGAAAGAAAGCUACGUGUUCAGGACACAGCCCAGUCUCUCUUAGUUCCCAAGCGGGAAACGCUACCUUAUCUAAUGAGAAUGGUGGGACUAAUGUCUGCAACCGUGGAGACGGUACCUUGGGCAUUAUGGCACCUACGUCCACUUCAGUCAGAGGUUCUAGCCAUUUGGAAUCCCAGCCGAGAGGAACUAAAUUCCAUGCACUCCCUGUCUCCUCAAGUCCAGUCCUCUCUGAGAUGGUGGAUUCACCUUCAGGACAAUCAAUCCUUGAUCCAACCGGUUUGGAUCAUACUUACCACAGAUGCGUCCCUUAUGGGCUGGGGAGUGCAUCUACUGGACAAAACAGGCCAAGGGACUUGGUCUCCCCAGGAGAAGAUGUUAUCUUAGAAUCUCCUAGAAAUUUGUGCCAUCAGAUUGGCCCUCUUUUACUUUUUGCCCCUUUUAUUCAAGGCAAAGCAGUGAGAAUACAAUCAGACAGCAUGAUGGCUGUUCUAUAUAUCAACAAACAGGGAGGCACGAGGUCACAAAGUCUCCUGAGAGAGAUAGGUGGGAUUCUGGAUUGGGCAGAGUUAAACCUCACCCACUUAUCGGUCGUUCAUAUCCGGAUUACUCACAAUGUAAUAGCAGACUGCCUAAGCAGAGGCCUUCCAACUCUCCAUCCGGACAUCUUCAGACAGAUUACGCUUAGGUGGGGCAUGCCAGAGAUCCAUCUCAUGGCAGCGAGGUUCAAGAGUUCCUGUUCCCUUUAUAGGGAGGACAAUCCCUACGCAGUAGAUGCUCUGUCAAUCCCAUGGAGGUUCAGGCUGGCCUACAUCUUCCCUCCUAUUUCCUUAACUCCAAGGGUAUUGAUGAAAAUCAGGCAGGAUCCAAGCAUCAAUCAUAGCCAUUCUUCCAUAUUGGCCCAAGAGAGCUUGGUUCACCCAACUCAUUCAGAUGAGUCAGUUUUGGAGGCUUCCCCCAGAGCAAGCACUGGUGUUGUGGAACACUCAAAACUGCUCGAACAUUGAUGUUCAACCUGACAGCCUAGAGGUUUAUCAGUCCUUUCCAAAUGUAGAAGAGUUGUUUGGGACAGUCUUGAAAACUUUGUCGCACUCCAGAUCUGAAGCUACAACAAGAUCAUAUGGAACAUUUUCUAAUUCUGGUGUUGGCUAUGCAAACUAUCUCCAAAAAAUCCUUCCACUCCUGCUGUUCUGCAAUUCCUGCAAUAUGGAUUGAACAAGGGAUUAUCUCCUUCCACCCUAAGAGUACAAAUAUCUGCUAUCUUGGCUUUCCUCAUUAAGUCUCUUUCUCAAGACCCCCUAGUUAGAAGGUUCCUAAAGGGAGCUUCUAGAAUUAAGCCUACAAUCAUUUGACCUAUCCCUGGAUGGGAGUUAUCAGUCAUGCUCAGUGGGUUAUCAUCUCUCCCCUUUGAGCCUCUAGAGGAGGUGGACCUUAAGUUUCUCACCCUUUAAAUUACCUUUUUGUUGGCCAUCACUUCUGCAAAACAAGUCUGAGAACUCCAAGAUUUUUUUGCUUAUGAGCCCUACAUUCAAUUCCUUCUGGACUGGGUCAUUUUUACAUUUUUGCCUACUUUUAUUCCAAAGGUGCCAACGUUUACUAACAUCAGCCAGGUUAUUUCUCUUCCUGUGUUGGCUCCAUCCUCCUCCUCAGAAGAAAAUAGAGGUUUACUCUCCCUCGACUUAUUGAGAUGUCUUCGGAUUUACCCGGAUCGAUCCAAGGGUUUCCGUAAGGAUGAAAAUUUUUCUAGCGUCCGUAAGGGCCACAAAGCUUCCAAAUCAACAAUUAGUUGGGAGUCUCAUGCUUCUCAGGGUCUGGAUCCCUGUGAUUUUGUUAAAGCUGUACUAGAGCAGUAGCUGCUUCUUUUGGAGAGAGAAGCUCAAUUUCUUUGGAACUUAUUUGUAAGUCAGCUUCUUGGAGUUCUCACUUUACUUUUAUUUCACACUAUAGAGUGGAUUCUAGAAUAGCCAGCUAUUCCUCAUUUGGGCGGUCGGUUUUAUCCUCCGCCUGGCAUGAGUGCCGUCCCAUGGGGGUAUCUGCUUGCUAAAUUCCCAUCUGUGCCACUGGUUAGGACGUAAGGGAAACGAUAAUUUCUAACGAUAAUUUAGUUUUCCCUUAAUCCUAACAGUUGCACAACUAUCCCUCACUUUUUUUUUCUGUAUUUCUUCUUUUAAUUGUAAUUACACAAGGGGGCUGGGGUAUUUUCCCCCUAUAUGUAAGGGGGGGUGUGAAGGUCUAAUAAUUAUUAAGAAGUUGUCAAUAAAUUUCCACCACUCUAACCAGUCCACGGGGGGCGGAAUACCCCAUCUGUGCCACUGUUAGGACUUAGGGAAAACAAAUUAUCG